AUGCUGACGAUGGUAUUACGUUCCUCGAUCUGUAUUUUUACUGUUUUUCUCAGAUUUGUGGUUAGUUAUUUUUCCUAAAAUCGAUAAUUGUAGACUUGGGUUGAUGUUGCUCAUGCUAGGAAUUUUCAGAGGCCACUUGAGGGCUUUGACAGUUUAGCGGCCAUUUCAGUAGUCGAAUUAGUGGCCCCUUGAGUGGCUAACAUUAAUAGCUUCUUUAAAAGUUCAAUUGGUACUACUAGUUCACUAAAAAUCACUAUAGUGGCUUCUAUAGAGGUUUUUAGUCGCCACUUUAGGGCUUCGACAGUUUAGCGGCCAUUUCAGUAGUCGAAUUAGGGGCCCCUUAAGUGGAUAUCAUUUAAUGGCUUUUUUAAAUGUCUAAGUGGUACUACUAGCUCAUUAAAAGUCACUAUAGAGGUUUUUUAAUGGUCACUUUAGGGCUUUGACGUUUCAGAUCCCACUAUAGUAGUCGAAUUAGUGGCCCCUUAAGUGGAUAACAUUCAAUGGCCUCUGUAAAUGUCUAACUGGUACUAUCAUUCCACUAAAAUCACUAUAGAGGCUUCUUAAGAGAUUUUAAAAGGCCACUUGAGGGCUUCGACGUUUUAGUGGCCACUUCAGUAGUCGAAUUAGGGGCCCCUUAAGUGGCUAUCAUUCAGUGGCUUUUUCAAAUUUUCUAGUGGUGCUAAUUAUUCACUAAAAGUCACUAUAGUGGCUUCUAUUGAAGUUUUAUAAUGGCCACUUGAGGGAUUUGACAGUUUAGUAGCCACUAUAGUAGUCGAAUUAGUGGCCCCUUAAGUGGCUAUCAUUUAAUGGCUUUUUUAAAUGUCUAAGUGGUACUACUAGCUCAUUAAAAGUCACUAUAGAGGUUUUUUAAUGGUCACUUUAGGGCUUUGACGUUUCAGAUCCCACUAUAGUAGUCGAAUUAGUGGCCCAUUGAGUGGCUAACAUCAAUAGCUUCUUUAAAUGUUCUAGUGGUACUAAUAAUUCACUAAAAAUCACUAUAGUGGCUUCUAUAGAGGUUUUUAGUCGCCACUUUAGGGCUUUGACAGUUUAGCGGCCAUUUCAGUAGUCGAAUUAGGGGCCCCUUAAGUGGCUAUCAUUUAAUGGCUUCUUUAAAUGUUUAAUCGGUACUACUACCCCACUAAAAUCACUAUAGAGGCUUCUAUAAAGAUUUUAAAAAGCCACUUUAGGGCAAUGACGUUUUAGUGGCCCCUUAAGUGGUUAACAUUCAACGGCCUUUGAAGGUCUAAUUAGUACUACUGGUUCACUUAAAAUCACUCUAGUGACCAGAAUAGUUACUUCUAUAAAGGUAAUUCUAGUGGCCGCUAUAGUGUUCUCACUAAGAAGUUCUUGAGAAACCUCUGAAGUGGCCUUUAUUGCUUUUUUUUUAACCAUUUUUUUUAUUUUUGAAUAUUUUUAAGUCGAUAAAUUUAAUACUAUGCGUUUUUUACAGUUUUAUGUUUGUUCACGAUUUUUUUUUCAUCCGAUUUUCGUUGAUAAAAAAAAUGGGUCCCUUGAAGGUCCCCCUCUAGGGAUCGCCUUACCUACCACUAUAGGGGCCACUUUUGCAGGCUUCAGUGCCCCCUGUAGGGUUAUAAGCUGGUGGUGCAAGUUGUCCCUAGCUCCUAUAGGGACCCCUUAAGCUUUCUUGUGGCCCGUACCCUAAACCUCUAAUCACCUGAAUUUAACCCCUAUAGGGGCCCUCUGGCGUUCUUAAGUUAGUUGGAAAAUUUUUUAGACCAAAAAAUUGUCAACAGUGUUUUUUUUGGUUGAAAAUCAAGUAAGUUUUUAAGAAUUUCAGAAAUUUUCAGUAUUGAAACUAUUAGAAAAAGUAGCAAAGUUCAAGGAAAAUAUGGAUUUUGUUAAAUGAAAGAUAGUUUGGGGCCUUGUUUCAUUUUACCAAUCUCAGGCCUCUGAAAGGACCCCAACUCUGACGGAGAUCUCAAGUCUCCGAGACCCGGUCCUGGACGACGUCUUCCGAUCCACAGGCUCCUCAGCGUCGGCCUCGACUUCUCCAGAAGCUUUUCCUUAUCCGGAUGAGACGUCUCAAGGCGGGGGAAGCCAGUUUAGGCCGGACAACAGGCAGCCGGAUAUGUCUGGACCUUCCAGAUUCUCUGGCCAAAGAUAUGGUAGGUUUUGGAAAAACCCUUGUCAUUAGUCAUAGGCAAAAUCGGAAAAGGUGGUAAAAAAAGGCUCCUUUUUGCUGCCUUUUUGCGCCCUUUCAUGGGCUGUUUUGCUGCCUCUCCCUUUUUUCACCAUUUCUUGAGCCGUUAAAAUCGCAAAAAAAUGGUAGCCUUGUUAAAGGGACUCUUUCUGCUGCCUUUUCGCUGCCUUUUUGAAGCCUUUUUGCAGCCUUUUUGCGGCCUUUUUGGUGCCUUUUUCGAGCCUCUUUCUUUUAGCGGCUAUUAUUCACCAUUCCGGUGUUGCCCGAGGGUUUAGACGUUCAGAAUCAUUUUCUGGUAAAGGUUUAGAAAUUUUCCAAAGUGGAAUGACCUUCCUUUUAGACGUUUCUGAGUGUCUCAAACUAUUAAAUUUUAAAUAUUUUUCCCAAAAUGAUAAAUUUCUUUCUGGGGCCUUUUUGAACCUUUUCCUCUUGCUGAUCUAUUGGUGACUUUUUGGCGAAAAAUGAUCAUUUUUUCUAAAGAAAAAUUGCAACGUUCAAAACAAGCAUUAACUGUUUUCUCGGGAUUAUUUUUUUUUAAAGAUUAGUUUUUUUAGUAAACAAAGGUUAAAAGCUACACUUAGGGAGUUUAUAAGAUCCAUUUUAAGGUUAGGAAUCCUGUGGAAACUUCUUGAUAUACCAGAUGAAGGUCCUGAAAGCCUGAACCUUUCCGACUCCUUAGUUUUCGAGAGUUAAUGGUUCUAAACCUCAAAAUGGUUUUGAGGGUUUUCUCAGCAUGUCUUUUACGUACAGAAAUUUCUUUUGAUUAAUGAAAAAGUUUUUUUGGCCAAAUUCCAAUGACUUUUUUUCUCAAUUUCUAGCUCUGGAACUGUAGUUGGCCGAACUUAAAAUUUGAUACAAAAAUCAAUUAAAUGGCGUCAGUUUUUCGAAAUAAACGAUGAAAGCCAAAUUUUUGAAUUCAGUGUGAAAUUGUGCGUAGAAAAAUCUUCGAAAAACUUGAAAAAUGAAAAUUUUCCAUUUCUCGAUUUUUGGUCUUAAAAGUGACAUAAACUUUUCCGCAAUCUGAAUUUCUUGAUAGGAGUCAAAUUUUUGAAUUGGGCAGAAAAUUCUGAGCAAGAAACUGCUUCAAAAAUCUCAAAAAGGCAAAAAUAAAGAUUUUUAAAGAUUCCGAAAAAGCGUUUUAGGCAACUUGGACCUGGAAAAUAAUUUUUCUAAACUAUCAAAGGAAUGACGCUUUUUCUCGAUUCAUUUAUGGUUAUUCAGAAGUCCCAAUCAACCACGCUCACGCCUUGGGCCCAAGGCCCGAACAGGGACCCCCGCCUCCGCCUCAGCAAAACUCGGGCCUGACCCAACUCGCCGAAACCGGCGCCAACGUCUUCGCCACUGGCGCUCAUGCGUUUUACAGGUUUCGUGGAGUUUCAGGUUGAGAAAAAAAAAAUUCAUGUAGACUGAGUUAAAUUAUUCGAUUCUUCUAGGAAAUCUCUUUUUCUCGAAUUUAAUUUCUGAUAUUCUUUAUCGGCAAAACUUUAAUUUUAUUUAAAUGUCGUGAAGUUUAAUUUCCUUCAAUUUUCACCUCAAAAGCUUCAAAAUAUUUUUUUAACCUUAUUUGAACCUUUUUAACAAACGCGAAUUACACCAAAUCACGAAGAAAAAAAUUAAAAAAAGUUUUAGAGCCAAUUCCCUCUCACCGUAGCGCUUCUAGAGCCAUUCCAAGUGCGGCCACACGGUUUUUUUUUUCCUAUGGAACCAAGAGUUUAAACUGAUAACAAUUCUUUGUAUCCAUAUUUUUCCAUAAACUCAUUCCAGAGGAGCCGCAUCAGUCGGUCAGGCUUUCGGACUCCCCCAAGGCGGCUACGAAGUCCCUCUUCUCUCCUCGGCCUCCCAAUUCUUCGGACGCUAA